GGGGAGUGCGGGCUUCCGGCCUGGUGGCCGCGCCUCCGGCUUGACGUCGAGUGGGAGUCUGUGGUGGUGGAUCUGUCCGGGAGCUGCGCGCGCGCGGCGGACAGCUGGCGGAACCGGCCUCGGGGAGUGCACGCUUCCGGCUUGAUGUCAGUUAAGCCAAAGGAUCCACCAGCGCUUCAAUGGCUGCCUCACACACUUCACAAACCGCUGCGUCUCACGUUCCUUUCGCAGAUUUAUGUUCAACUUUAGAACGAAUACAGAGGAGUAAAGGACGUGCAGAGAAAAUCAGACAUUUUAGUGAGUUUUUAGCUUCUUGGAGGAAAUUUCAUGAUGCCCUUCACAAGAACCAAAAAGACGUCACAGACUCAUUUUAUCCUGCCAUGAGACUCAUCCUUCCUCAGCUUGAAAGAGAGAGAAUGGCCUAUGGCAUAAAGGAAACGAUGCUUGCCAAGCUUUAUAUAGAGUUACUCAACCUACCUAGAGAGGGGAGAGACGCCCUGAAGCUGUUGAACUACAGAGCGCCCACUGCAGCACACGGCGAUGCGGGGGACUUCGCCAUGACCGCGUACUUUGUGUUGAAGCCUAGAUGUUCCCAGAAGGGAAGCCUAAGUGUGCAGCAGGUCAACGAGCUUCUGGACUCGGUUGCCAGCAGUAACGCUGCGAGAAGGAAAGACCUCAUCAAGAAGAGUCUUCUCCAGCUGAUAGUGCAGAGCUCCGCACUGGAGCAGAAGUGGCUCAUCCGCAUGAUCGUCAAGGACUUAAAGCUCGGUGUCAGUCAGCAAACGAUAUUGAACGCUUUUCACACCGAUGCUGUGGAGUUGCAUAACGUCACCACGGACCUGGAGAGGGUCUGUAGGCAACUGCAUGAUCCUUCGGUGGGACUCACUGAUAUCUCCAUCACUCUGUUCUCUGCCUUUAAACCCAUGUUAGCCGCUGUCGCCGACGUGGAGCGCAUUGAGAAGGACAUGAAGCAGCAGAGCUUCUACAUUGAGACCAAGCUGGACGGCGAGCGCAUGCAGAUGCACAAGGAUGGGGAUGUGUACCGGUACUUCUCCCGCAAUGGCUACAACUACACGGAGCAGUUUGGCGCCUCCCCGCAGGAAGGCUCCCUCAGCCCCUUCGUCCACAGUGCCUUCAGAGCAGACGCACAGGUGUGUAUCCUGGAUGGCGAGAUGAUGGCCUACAGCCCGCACACGCAGACUUUUAUGCAAAAGGGGAAUAAGUUUGACAUUAAACGGAUGGUAGAAGAUUCUGAUCUGCAGACAUGUUACUGUGUGUUUGAUGUCUUGAUGGUUAACAAUAAAAAGCUUGGACGGGAGACCCUGAGAAACAGGUAUGAGAUUCUUAGUAGUCUUUUUACACCAAUACCAGGUAGAAUAGAAAUCGUGCACAAAGCGCUAGCUCAUACCAAGAAUGAAGUGAUUGAUGCAUUGAACGAAGCCAUAGAUAAGAGAGAAGAGGGAAUCAUGAUAAAACAUCCGCUGUCCAUUUACAAACCGGACAAAAGGGGUGAAGGGUGGCUGAAAAUUAAGCCGGAGUAUGUCAGCGGCCUGAUGGACGAGCUGGACAUCCUGAUAGUCGGGGGCUACUGGGGGAAGGGCUUGCGGGGUGGAAUGAUGUCUCAUUUUCUGUGUGCAGUCGCAGAGAAGCCCCCUCCUGGUGAAAAGCCAUCUGUGUUUCACACUCUGUGUCGUGUUGGCUCAGGAUACACCAUGAAAGAACUCUAUGAUCUGGGUUUGAAGUUGAACAAAUGCUGGAAGCCAUUCUACAGGAAAGCUCCUCCAGGUAGUAUUUUAUGUGGGACAGAGAAGCCAGAAGUGUACAUUGAGCCUUGUAAUUCUGUGAUUGUCCAAGUUAAAGCAGCUGAGAUUGUCCCCAGCAGUAUGUAUAAAACUGGGUGCACCCUACGUUUUCCACGAAUUGAAAAGAUCAGAGAUGACAAAGAGUGGCACGAGUGCAUGACUCUGGAUGACUUAGAACAACUUCGGGGGAAGGCGUUGGGGAAGCUCGCCACCAGGCACCUCUGUGUAGGUGCUGAUGACGAACCCCAAGAAAAAAAGCGGAAAUCGGCCCCCAAAAUAAAGAAAGUUAUUGGAAUUAUUGAACAUUUAAAAGCACCGAACCUUUCUAAUGUAAACAAAGUCUCUAGCGUAUUUGAGGAUGUCGAGUUUUGUGUCAUGAGUGGAACAGACAGCCACCCAAAACCUGACCUAGAGAACAGAAUUGCAGAAUUGGGUGGUUGUAUAACACAGAACCCAGGCCCAGACACGUACUGUGUAAUUGCAGGGACUGAGAACAUCAGGGUGAAAAACAUCAUUUCUUCAAAUAAGCAUGAUGUUGUCAAGCCUGCGUGGCUCCUGGAGUGUUUCAGGACCAAAAGCUGUGUGCCUUGGCAGCCACGCUUCAUGAUCCACAUGUGUCCAUCAACUAAAGAACAUUUUGCCCGUGAGUAUGAUCGCUAUGGAGACAGUUAUUUUGUUGACACAGAUUUGAACCAACUGAAGGAAGUAUUUUCAGGAAUGAAGAAUUCUCAUGAGCAGACUCCUGAAGAAAUGGCUUCCGUGAUUGCUGAGUUAGAAUGUCGCUAUUCCUGGGACCAGUCUCCUCUCAGUCUGUUCCGACACCAUACUGUUUAUUUGGACUUGUAUACUGUUAUUAAUGACCUGAGCACCAAAAUCGAGGGAACAAGAUUAGCUACGAAGGCCUUGGAGCUUCGAUUCCAUGGAGCCAGAGUGGUUUCUUGUUUAGCUGAGGGAGUGUCUCAUGUCAUCAUUGGGGAGGAUCGUAGCCGAGUUCCAGAUUUUAAAGCUUUUAGAAGAACUCUUAAGAGGAAGUUUAAGAUCCUGCAAGAAGGUUGGGUGACCGAUUCAGUAUGCAAGUCUGAACUGCAAGAAGAAAAUCAGUAUUUGCUUUAAAGUUGGCCGUCACAGUGAGGAAAGCCUGUGUUCUGGUGAAGUCAGUGGUCAGGUGGCAAUGACAAAACACUAAACUUUGUAAGCAUAGAUUUUAAAAGACAAAAAGCAUUAUUAGAUGUAAGAAAAUAAUUUUAUGCCUUAAGAUUGAGAAGACAGCAUGAACAAAGCAGUAGCAUAAUAUUUGAUGAUUAAAAAUGAGAUGAAAUAAG